AUGCCCGACUUCACCGAUCAUCUCCUACCCGCCCACGAUGGCACAGCGACUUUACAAACUGAACGCGACGGCUCUGCGAUAAACGUCGACGAGCUGGCAAUGCACCUGCUGUCUCGUGAUGGCUUUUUGCAGCGACAGGAGAAGGUGCUUAAGGUUCUGAGCAAAGAACGUCUGUUCAAGAAGGAUCAGCAGCUCAAUUUGUCACGACCUGAACGGUAUCAUUUGGGAUUAGCAAGGGCAAAAGCAAUACAAAGGAUCAUUCGCAGGGAAGGCUGGGAUCACGCAGAUUACAGCAUGGCAGAGUAUCUGAACGACGAAAUGUCGCCGUACUUCUUGCACAUGUCUAUGUUUGUUACCACCGUACGCGAACAAGCAUCCGAGGAACAGCGAGCGUACUGGAUGCCUAAAAUUAUGAAUUACGACAUCAUUGGGUGCUAUGCGCAGACGGAGCUUGGCCAUGGAAGCAAUGUCCGAGGACUGGAGACGACAGCGACAUGGGACCCCAAGACUAAAGAAUUUGAGAUCCACAGCCCCUACUUGACUGCGAGCAAGUGGUGGAAUGGAUCCAUGGGUCGAACCGCCACACAUGCUAUUGUGGUCGCACAGUUACUUUUGCCGUCCAAAGGUGACCCGAUCGCGUAUACUUCUCACGGCCCGCAAACAUUUCUGCUGCAGAUUCGGGACGCAACGACUCACCAACCGCUGCCAGGCAUAGCCGUAGGUGACAUCGGCCCGAAAUAUGGCUACGCAUCCAUGGACAACGGGUACAUGCUGUUUGACCAUCACCGCGUCCCGAGAUCAGCUAUGUUGUCGCGUUACGCAGAAGUUUCUGACGAAGUCGGCACCUUUACACGGCGCGGUCAUCCGGCUGUGGUCUACGGAUCCCUGACUUUCGUGCGGGGCCAGAUCAUUAUGCAUGCCCGCCUCGUAUUGGCGCGUGCGGUGACCGUGGCAGUCAGGUACUGUAGCAUUCGUCGCCAGUUCUCGGAUCGCGACGCCAAGUCACAUGAUGCUCCAGAGAUGAAAGUGCUCGAUUACCCGACAGUGCAGAUCCGGGUACUGCCCCUUCUGGCUACUACUUUUGCCCUGCAUUAUACUGGCGAGUAUUUCUACAAACUUUACAAUGAGUCGCGCUCCACAAUCGAGAAGGGCGACUUUGGGCCGCUGGCAGAGCUCCACAGUGCUUCCUCGGGGCUAAAGUCACUUUGCACAACACUUGCAGCAGAUGGAAUCGAAACUUGCCGACGUGCAAUGGGCGGACACGGUUUCGGGGGCGGAAGCGGUCUCAUAGGCCUGAACUCCGACUAUCUCUCUAAGCCCACAGUAGAAGGAGACAACUGGAUGAUCACCCAACAAGUCGCCGCCUACCUGAUCAAGAAAAUGCAACUCUGCGUCGAAAACCCCGACCUCGCCUCCCGAGACCCUACAGACGAGCUAUUCAAACACUACCUCCAGACCAAAGACCACCGCAUCCCGGAAUCCUACUUCGGCGCCACCACGCCCGGCGAGCCCAGCGACACAAGCCUCGUCUCCAUCUUCCAGUGGCGCGCCGCCGCCCUCAGCCACCGCGCCUACACCCAGCGCGUCGUCCACAAGAAGCCCUGGACCGCCAUGAUGAUCCAGCUGCACGCCCUCUCGCGCGCCUACAGCGAGCACAUCCUCGUCUCCAACUUCCACAACGCGCUUACCGCCACGGCCGCCACGGCUCUCUCCGCGCCCACACCCGAGCUCCUCCGCGCCUGCUUCCGCCUCUUCGCGCUGCACACCCUCGAGCAGGCCGCCACGUCUUUCGUGCUGACGACUGCGGUCCCGCCGGCGUGUCUCGCCGUGCUGCCUGACACUAUUCUGGACCUCAUGGCGCAGAUCCGGCCGCACGCGGUUAAGCUCGUGGAUGCCUGGUCGAUACCGGAUUUCCUGCUGGACUCGGCGCUCGGGCGGUAUGAUGGGCGUGUGUACGAGGAGUUGUUUGAUAUGGCGCAUCGGCGGAAUCCACUGAACAAAGUUACGUUUAAUGUGGAUUGGAGGAGUGAGGAGAUUGUGCUGGGGAGUGGGGAUGGGGGGAAGGGGGUGCUUGCGAAACUGUAG